AUGCGAAUGACACAACAUCUACAACAGACUGCCCACACCAAAAAACUGCCAACACCAGAACUACCAACACCAGAACUACCAACAACAGAACUACCAACAACAGAACUACCAACACCAGAACUACCAACACCAGAACUACCAACACCAGAACUACCAACACCAGAAAUAUCAACACCAGAAAUAUCAACACCAGAAAUAUCAACACCAGAAAUAUCAACACCAGAAAUAUCAACCCCAGAACUACCAACACCAGAAGUACCCACGCUAGAAGUGUCCACACCAGAAUUGCCCACUACAUCAGAAGAGUUGGAUUCUGAGCCAUUAGAGGAACCUGUCGAAAUGAUUGACGGUUUGUUCGACUUUGUAACAUUCAACACCGACACUGAUGUUGUAUUAAAGGAAGUGGAACAAGAUGGCAAAGAUUUUGACUUAGAGGCGUACGUCACCGACCAGAGCGAAUCACCGACUUCAGCCUCACAAGAAAGCGGCGCAUCAUCCGCUUCAUCUUCACCGGGGAACAGUGUAUCACCGAUCUUGCCACCACAGGAAAUAGAGUCAAACAAUACAAAGGUCAAUACGCCAGUGAGCAAUAUUGGUUUUGGAAAAGGUCAAGGAAAAAACUUUGCAGCGCUUAUGAAAUGCUACAACAAGGAUAAACCACUGUUCCAAAAAUCAAAAGAAGAUACAGAAAAUACAAAGAAGUCGUUGGCUAAAUCGCUUAAAGAUAAUGAAUUGAAAGCGCCCAAAGACGUGAAAAUGGCCGAAGAAAAGGACCUGAAACCAAACAAAGAAAAGGACCUGAAACCGGUAAAACUUGAAGAUUAUAAACCAGUCAAAGAAAAACAAGCGAGACUAGUCAAAAAGAAGGACGUGAAACCGAUCAAAAUAGAAAACGCCGAGCCAACUAAAGAAAAACUAUUCAAAGUGAAGGAUCUGCAACCGGCGAAUGAACAAGGCAUGAAAUUAUUGAAAGAGGAAAAAGUGAAAUCAGACAGAGAAAAUAAGUUGAAACCAGUUAAAGUCGAAGUGAAACCUUGCAAAGAAAAUAAAGAGCGAAUUGGCGAAAAAAUUACUAAAAAGAUGGGAAACCAUUCCAGUGAACAGAAAGUUCACAGUUCUGCUCAAACUUCAACAAACAAUGCUCAAGAUACAAGUGACAAACUAGAUGAUUUUGCAAAAGCCAUUGUGGCUUCAAUGGUUGUAGCGCACAGAAAACCGAAUCUAGAAAAACGGCGCAAUUCAGAAAUGAGAAAACGACUUUGUCAUUUUCAAGAACAUUCGCUUAAAUUUCAAAAAUAUUUGAGUGACCAAAGAGAACCACCUAAAAUGAACGUGCUUCAUCCGACUACAAACGCUAUCAACAUGAACUCGAAGACGCCAUCGCAGCUACAACAAAGCACUGGAAACACCAGUAGUGUAGCGUUAAAGACGCGUCCGCAGCAACAACAAAAAAUAAAGACUGAAAACUGUGCACAGAUCGUAAACGCUAACACGGUAGAAUUGAAAGCGACACCGUACCAAAAUGUUAAGAUCGAAAACUGUUCACCAACUGGAAAUUCCAACAAUGCAGAUUGGAAGACACAACAACAACAGCAAAAUAUUAAAAGCGAAAACUGUGCACCAACUGAUCAUACAGAAACUCCAGCCGGUGCACGAAAAAUCAGCAUCCAAGAGUAUCUCAACCGGAAAAGAUCCUACCAUUCUUCCAAUAAUGGUUCGGACGUUGGCAAUGAUUCGAAUAUUCCUACAAAGAAAAGAAUCUCUAUAAAUGAAUAUAUGAAACGUAAGGUUGUGGCAUGA